AUGCGCUUUGCCGCGCUUUUUGUGGUCCUUGGGUACCUGGGACACGGGGAUGCACAAUAUCAGCAAUCGUUCCAAGGGGGCCAACAAAGCGGAUAUCAGCAAGGAGGCUAUCAGAGUGGAGGGUCACAGAGCCGGUACCAGCAAAGUCAUGUUGUCGUGGGACCGGGUCCAGUGAUUGGUGGCGGCGGUGGCGCCAACUUUGGCGGUCAGUUCAAAGAGCAACGGACAAUUAAUAUUCAGGAAAACAUCCAAGGCGUUCAACAAGGUGGUGGUUACGGUUACGGUGCUAGUGGUGGGUACCAAUCUCAGUACGGUUCCAGAUAUGGAUAUGGACAGCAGGGACAACAGAAUGGAUUUGGGGGAGUAAGUGACGAAUACAAUUAUCGGAAUAAGUUGAACUUGUUUCAGCAAAUGGGAGCUCCUGGAAGAACAGUAUUCUCUAAUAAUCCUAUGAAUCUGGAUACGGGAAACGGACUAAUGGGCGCUGAAGUGGAUCUCCGACUCAUUUCCUAUUCGAACUCUGGCCUGAAACUUCCAAACGGAACAACUUGUAAUUGUCCGAUUUCGAACUGCAAUUAUGUUCCGAGCAAUCAUCAAAAUCAAUGCCAAUUCAGUUUUGUGCUUGUUAUCUCUUGCGCAGACCAAUCCAUCCAAUACACCCAAUCGAAUUUCUACCCAGUACCCAAUAAUGGAAUCAUGACAACCGGAAACUGGACCGACCAGCACACUUUCUACAUGACAACUAAGCCGGUAUCCAUUGACGUAUUCGUUCAACAUUUGGGUGUAGUGAUUGACUCGUCCUCUGGUCAACUGCUUUUCUUCAACCAUCUUGCUUUGGUCGACUCAUUUGUUGUUGAUCUAUCAAAAUUCAGCACAAGCACCGGUAAUGCCCAAGGAUCUCAAACUUUGACAUUAGUUGGAACAACUAUGUCUACCCAACUUCAAAUGAACUUGAACGUCCAAUGCAUCAACAACUUCAUGGGACCACUCUGCGACUUGACCUGCAACAGCACUAACGCUCAAGCCGGUCAAUUAGUCGCUUGCUAUAGCAACCGUACCGACACAUUCUCACUGUGCAAAUGGAAUACGCAAAGAACUCAGGUCGUCGAAUGCAAAGUGUGCACUUAUGGAGUUUACAACGGGGCCUGCUCAGCGGCAGUGAAUGUCAAUAACGUGGGCGUGGCCUAUGCUUUCCGAACGUGGACCAUUGUUCUGGGUUGCCUUCUUGGUAUCGCUCUUCUCCUCAUUCUGUGCCUCAUUUUGGCCUAUCUUAUAAUUUUGAACCGUUCCUAUGAGAAGGAGGGACGUGAGGAUCAUUACAAGUAUGAGGAAAAUACUACAAGAAUUGAGACAAAUGAUGAUAAGAAGAGUAAUAACCGAAAAUCGUCAACACAAUUCGAUCAUGGAUCAAACGAACCCCUGAUCACAAAUGAAGAAUGGACAAGUACAAUUGUUCGCAAGCAACCAGUUGGAAUUCUUUCAAAACGAAACGAAGACCAUGCUCAGGAACAAGUGCACAAUCAUCAGAUUCAGAACCAGAAUCGCCAGACUUCGACUCAUCAACAAAACGGUGGGAAUGUUCAUAGAAACGGAUCAGCUGAUUAUGGACAGAGACAGAUAGAUUCUCCAAGUACCGAGGAUAGCUACACUGCAAACGGACAAGUCCAGCACACAACCACUACCACAACAACGACAACUCGCCGAGAGCAUAUUGUUUGA